UACAUUUAAACAUUUCUCACAUAAAUAUAAGGCGACCUAUGCAAUAUUUUACCAGAAGUCAUAAAAAUGAGCUACCAUUUAGUUGUAUUUUUUAUUUCGCUUUAUGUGUUCGGAUUUUUUCAAGUAGACGGUAUAAGACAUUUCUGCGGGUCAAUAUUACAACCUUAUAAUACAGACAUUGAAGAGUGUAUAGAAGGAGAAGUGGUCAGCAAGACUUUACAAAGUACAACACAAAGUGGAUUGACUGAAACCGAUUCACUCGUUCAAACAGCAGAUCCCUUAAGAAACAGAGUACUUCGUCGGCCUUGCAUAGAUUAUGACGAUAUAUUGAGAUGUAACGGUAAAAUACACUGCGGGCGUCACGAAGGUUACAAAUGUUGCGGUUUUGAAAGUUACAACCCAAACCACCAAACAUGCUGUCAACAAUCAAGUGCCAUGUAUAGAAUUCAUGAUGACAAACCGGAGAAAAGUCACAUUUGCUGUCAGUUGGAUGUUCAUAUACGAGGCUCAAAAACCACACCAUGUGCGCACGUGGCUAAUAAUGAUAUGUUCUUGCAAAAACCUAGACAUCUGAAGAACCUAAGAAAUGACCAAAGGCUAUGCAGGGAGUCGUUUCAUGUCUUCAGAAUCGAUUUAAGGAGUGGAGGACGCGGUGUCACUGCUGUUGUACUUAUGUGGGACUGGAAACCUUCAAAGAAAAAACUUAGACUGAAAAAGUCAGGAACGUUAAAAAAGAAUAUGCGCAUAAAAUUUGAUAAAUACAGCAAACCGAAAAACAUUGCUAAAAAUAGUUUUCUGGUAGUUUCUAAAUAUAACUAUUCGGAGGAUUCCUAUCUAUAUUUAAAAGCAAAUGAUGUUUUGUACAGAUGUCCUAAAAAGCACAAAAAUAUGAUGAGAAUAUUGCGGAAAAUUCAAAAUAAAUGUUUAAAAAAACAAGAACUCUUACGUGGGAAAUAAGAAUUAUUGCUUUCAUGUAUUGUAGCACUGUAAGUUAGUUCAUACUUUUAGACUUUGCUAUGUACGUGUUAGUUCAGCGCAAUAUUUGACACCAUUGGUCAUUUGAUACACAUUUAGUAUUAUAGAAUGUUAAAAGGUAUUUUUACAAGACGUAUUUGUCGUACAUAAGACAAGAUAAAUCGCCUUGACCUUUGCCUUCAUCACAGUGAUGUACGAUGGAAUGUGUCAUGCCUAGAACUUAAUUUCAUAUUUUGAACGGACUUAAUCAUCAUUUUCAAUGUUAUAAGCGUGAUUAAAUUUGUUUAUACAUUUUGUACUUUAAGAGAUGAACAUUAAUUAUGCCGGUGCUAGGGACGUGAGAGAUGUUGCACUUUUGUGCAGUUAACAGAUUAAUUAGGCCAGCCAAGUCUUUCAAACAGUUGAUAGAUCUAUCCAUCUACAUGUUGUUUCGAGAAAAGUCUAUCAUUCAUAGCAGUACACAAACAGUUAAAUAAUAUGUUUUUGAUAAACAGAAGUAUGAUUAAUUAGAUAAUUUUAAUCAGUCUAUCCUUAAUAAAAAAAUGAGUUGGUUGGAAUUGGUUGUUUGGUUGGUUGAUCAUAUAUUUCAAUGAAAGUGUAUUGUUUUAUUUCUAUUACUAACGAAUGCAAACUUUAUCGAAUGCAAAAUUUAUCUGAUGAUGUGUAAUUUAAAUUUGUUGUACUAUGAAUCGGAGAUAUGGUUAAUAAAUAUUGAGAAAACA